AUUUUGAUCCUGUCCAUUACUAUGCCUUCCGUGACAUGCUUCAAGAGGUAGAGACCAACUAAAAAUGUGUCCCACAGAUUGGUUUUAAUGGAGGAGUACCCAUAACUGAGGAAUUCUUUGUUAAAACAAUCAGUGGCAAGCAUAAUGGGGAGCCCAGUCGAAUACUCCUUCCAGAAUGGGAUUUCCAAAGAGCCAUGAAAUUUAUGGAUGAUAAGGAAGCAAUGUUCCGGAGAUUGGCAGCAGAACAACUAGAGCCUGUUAAUGGUCUCAACAAGUUACUCAAAUGGAUUGAAGGUCGCGGCUUGCAACGAGCUGCAGUGACUAAUGCUCCGAGACCAAAUGCUGAGCUUUUGCUAUCAAUGCUAGGCCUUGCAGAUUUCUUCAAGACAGUAGUUCUUGCUAGCGAAUGUGACAGAGUCAAACAUUUCCCAGAUGCCUACUUGAAGGCUCUCCAAAUACUUGGAGCAUCCCCACAAUGCACUUUCGUGUUUGAGGUUCGGCUUAUUAGCAUUAUAAUGUGCUUUGGAAUCAGGGGUGGGGCUAUGUGUAAUUUUCAAAUUUUGUUUAAUAGUUUUGGAUUUUAACAAAAUGACCACAAUGUUUGGAGCUAUUCAUUGUUUAGUGGUGUCAAUUUUAACAAAAUGACUCCAGUGAAUCUAGAUAAAUAUCACAUAUAUCACA